GAAGAUAUCAUUACAAAGAUGCAGGAUGAUAAGACAGGCGGGGUACCCAUCAGAACAGUAAAGAGCUUUCUGUCCAAAAUCCCCAGCGUUGUCACAGGUACCGACAUUGUACAGUGGUUUAUGAAGAAUCUUGCCAUCGAGGAUCCAGUUGAAGCAAUACACUUGGGAAGCCUUGUAGCUGCCCAGGGUUACAUCUUUCCCAUAUCAGACCAUGUCCUUACCCUGAAGGAUGAUGGCACCUUUUAUCGAUUCCAGGCUCCAUACUUCUGGCCCUCCAACUGCUGGGAACCUGAAAACACUGACUAUGCCAUUUAUCUGUGUAAAAGGACUAUGCAAAACAAAGCAAGAUUGGAAUUAGCAGAUUAUGAAGCUGAAAACCUAGCAAGACUCCAGAGGGCCUUUGCAAGGAAGUGGGAAUUCAUCUUUAUGCAAGCGGAAGCCCAAGUGAAGAUUGAUCGGAAAAAAGAUAAAACUGAAAGAAAAAUUUUGGAUAGUCAAGAACGAGCCUUCUGGGAUGUACACAGGCCAGUGCCAGGUUGUGUGAAUACAACAGAAAUGGAUAUCAGAAAAUGUCGCCGGAUGAAGAAUCCACAGAAAGUCAAAAAGGUCAGCUUCAAAGAGCCCAGCCAACAACGUGUAAAGAGAUGGGGUUUCUCCAUUGAUGAGGUACUAAAGGACCAAGUGGGGCGAGACCAGUUCCUUCGUUUCCUGGAGUCGGAAUUCAGUUCAGAAAACCUCAGGUUUUGGUUGGCUGUCCAAGAUCUCAAAAAACAACCUUUACAGGAUGUGGCAACUCGGGUGGAAGAAAUUUGGCAAGAAUUUCUGGCUCCUGGGGCGCAAAGUGCAAUCAACCUGGAUUCUCACAGCUAUGAGAAAACAAGUCAAAAUGUCAAAGAUCCAGGACGAUACACAUAUGAGGAUGCACAGGAGCACAUUUACAAGCUGAUGAAGAGCGACAGCUACACCAGGUUCCUUCGGUCUAAUGCUUACCAGGACUUAUUACAGGCAAAGAAGAAGCCAGAAAAUGAGCAAGGUCGUAGAACUUCCUUAGAAAAGUUCACUCGCAGUGUGUGCUGCUGGCGCAGAAUAAGACUGGCUACCGCGUUUCACCCCAGAGGUGGCUACCUUCCAGCAGCGGGGAAAGUCACUGGUGGGCAAGCGUCUCACGGGCCUGAUGCAGUCCUGACAGUUCCACCAACUGAGACGGGAGCCGCUGACCACACAGGCGGGCGGCGGCGCUCAACAUCUUCAGAGAGACUUACCUUAAGGGGCGAUUUGGUUACUGUGAAAGAAAAAGAGUGA